GGUAAUAUCCCUGUUGUAAUACAGACGGAAGCAAUGGUGGAGGAUCCAAAUACGCAUCAGGUCAAGGUUGUAACGGCCAACAAGUUACUACCUUCCAUUCUCCAUGGUUCCUCUUCGUUACUUCCUGCUGUUUUGAGCGGUAAUAAACCGAAGGAUGAACCUGGUAAGGCAUUGUUGCUUGAGUCGAUUGAUGAUGACACCCUUUGGUAUAACCAUAUCAAGGUGGCUAAAGAUGGAGAAUUACUUGUUGAAGCGUGUUCUAUGUUUCCAAAUUUUUGGAAAGUUUACCACCGUUGUGCUCUGUACCACCUUUUCCACAAACGCACUCGACAAGCUUUCGAGGUGUAUAGUGAAGCGAUAAAGAAGAGUAAUGAUUACACACUUUACACGUGCUAUCUCAAAUUUUUGUAUCACAUGGCUUCUGUACAUGAGUAUAUCGCAGCUUUAUUCACCGCAGUGGACAAGGUUGGGUUGGAUCUAAGGUCUGAUGCUUUAUGGAAGGAGUUGAUAACGAUUUUGGUUAAGAUUUAUAACUGUAAACUCAUGGAGCAAAAUAUUCACACCGGUUUAUUACCUAACCUCUUUACAUCGGAAUCCAUUGUAUCUAGUGGCGGGGGACCAUUAUACCCAUCUGAGGCUGAACAGAUUGUGUUCCGCGGCAUUAAUUCUUUAGAUAAGAAGGAGCAGACAUAUGUACAGCUAUAUAGUGAUGUAAAUCACAUUAGAAAGGCCUUCCAACGUUGGUUGAAAACACCCACCAACAACCUUAAGCAUGCUUGGGAUGGUUACUCUAUUUUUGAGAACGCAGUAAGCACGGCUACCGUCUUGUGCACAAAGCUUUUGACCGAUGGUAAGGCAGUAUACGACGUUUCUAUGAAGGUAUACGACAAGCUGUCUUUAAUGUACAAGAAGGUAUAUCCUGCUAAGCCUGCUUGCAAACGUCAAUUAACUGAUGAACCAUCGUAUGAGCGUGACCAUGAUCUUGGUUUUUGGAUUGAAAUUAUCCAAUAUGAGGAGACUAACCCGCUGAAUUUAUCGUCUGAAGAGGUGGUUGACAGAAUCGCAUAUACAUUUCGUGCCGCCCUUACACCUCAUGUCUUUGCUUCUCGCCUAUGGUUUAUGUACUUCCAAUUUUUAUUAGCGAAUGGUCAACCGGAUAGAGGUAUAACUGAAUUGAAAUUGGCACUAUCACACUUCCUUAAUGAUGACGUGAAGAUGCAUUUCAUCCUUGCAGCAUUCUUCGAUGAAUCUGGAAGGUCUGAGGAGGCUGUUACCGAGUUCAAGCGUCUCAUUGACCCUGGACUUAAGGUAGCUGAUGAGGGUGACGUUGACAAAGAGGCGUCUCACCUUCGGCAGAUAUUACAGUUCGAUGGAGCUGGUUCUGGUGUUUCUGUACUUCCUAUGAACCUCAUCCAUUAUCUUAAUUACGUGCGACGUAACCAUGGUCGCACUAAAUGGCGUGAAGACUUGCAGAUGAUUUUGACCAAAUCCGAUUUGCUUAGUUGGGAGCUUUAUUGGUAUGCCGCUGACACUGAAGUCCGCUGUUUCCGAGACGUUACCGCUGCCGUUGGCAUAUUGAACGAGGCUCAGCAUAUUAUGCCAUUUGACAUGCAUUACACCAUUCUGCACCUAAGGUUUUUACUUAACAUGGGCCUCAUGGUCGAUGCGCGUGUUCUGUUGUCUCAGCUUUUGGCUGGCGCGACAGUGGUUGGUGAGAACAAAUGUAAGCUUUCAGCUUCAGACAAGAUGCAACUAUGGCAUUUUUGGCUCCAUGUUGAAUAUUUCUACGGGUCGAAAUCCCAAUUUACACAGGUUCAGUCUUUAUAUGUCCAGAGCCGUAUUGCCACAGAGGUUGGUCUGGAUACGUUUGCUGAGAAGUCCAAUCGUGGUGUACCAAGUUCAGUUAGACAGUUGUUUGGUGACAUUGGUGCUGCCUUUAUUAAAACACACAUGGACUCCAGUAAGCGUGUAGCUACUGAGGACAUGAACAGUGUGGUUGAGUUACGUCAGCGUCUGUUCUGUGGUGGCAUUGAUUAUGAUGACCUUGAUCCCAUAUUUGCUUUGGGAGUUGACCAAAUAUCCUUUAGUUCCGAUGAUGCCACAUCCAGGCCAUCUUCAUCAGAUGAGAAGCAGGCAAGUCCCUCUAACUUUAUGCACCGUUCCACCGUUGAUAGUGGUCAGCACCACCCGCGUCUUUCCAUUGUUCGCCCUGAUGUUACAUUAAUGACUCCUCUUGACCCUGGUAAUUCUAGCAUUUUGGAAACCAUGGCCACAUUGCAUGGUAGCCGGAGGCCUGUAUUGCCUGAGAAAGGUCGUGCCAUUGACGCUGUUGCUACUCCUCCGAAGGUUCUGUUUGACCUCAUGAGGGUUUUACCUGUCCCACUGUCUACGAGCAGUUUUCCGAAGAUGUACGGUAGCAAUGAGGCUGUGGACUAUUUGUUGAAGUCUCUUGAGGACACUGACUUUUCUCAUAUGCCUCUGAAAGAAUAUGUGCCUUUGCCUGUGAAUCAACUGCUACACCUUAGGAAUGCUGCGUCAGGUAAUGACCAUCUAUUUGAGCCAAAUUUGGACUCGUUUGUCGAAAAGGACACAAAGGACCCUAACAUUGGGUUAUUUUCGGUUUUGCAGUACGUGGAUUCCCAUGUAGGUACUGAUGACUCAUCUCAUAAGGCAAGGAAUGAAUCUAAGAAGCGCAAGAUAGCUAUUUAGCUAUUAACUAUCAUUAAGUGUUCUUUGCAAUUC